AUUGAUCCAACGGUGCAGAAGUAGCUAAAGGCAUUCUCUACCUUUCGCGCCUUAACUGUAUCACACAAACCCUAAUCCCUUUAGCAGCUUGCGCCGCUACCCCUCUCUUCCAACCGCCGUUAACUCCGUCCAUAUCAUCGCUUCUUUCUACUCUCUCUCCACAUAUGGACACUGAUGCAAUUGGAGAUUCUGUCAACAAGUUCAAGGCUAUUCGAAUGGAUAAUGACGAAUUUGCAGAUGAAGAUGUUGAUUCUGAUGAUGAUUUUGAUGAUUCUGAUGAUGAAGAACUUGAACCUAUCACUUUUGGUUUCCUUGAAAAGCCUAAAAAUAGUUUCACUCUUUCCCGUCAAUUUUUCCCAAGCAAAGCUGGAGGACUCCCGGCUUGGCUUGACCCUCUGAAUAUUCCAUCAGGGAAGUCUUCUGUGUGUGACUUUUGUGGAGACCCUUUGCAAUUUGUGCUUCAGGUGUAUGCACCAGUUGUUGAGAAGGAAAGUACAUUUCACCGGAUGCUAUUUGUUUUCAUGUGUCCUUCCAUGACAUGUCUUCUUAGAGAUCAGCAUGAGCAAUGGAAACGCAAUCCAGAGAAACUAAGCAGAAGUGUGAAGGUUUUCCGUUGCCAGUUACCUCGCAUUAAUCCUUUUUACUCGAGUGAAUGCCCCAAAUAUGAUGGAAGCGACAAACCUAUUGGAAGUGGAGCUGCUCUAUGUGAUUGGUGUGGUACCUGGAAAGGAGACAAGCUCUGCAGUAGUUGCAAACAAGUGCGGUAUUGCUCUGAGAAACACCAGACCCUGAGUUGGCGUGCGGGUCAUAAAAUUGCUUGCCAGCAAAUAAAAGUUUCUUCACCUCUUUCUGGACCCAACAAAAAUGGAACCACGUCGUUGGAGUCUUGCAAAGUUGGAAACAAAAGCACGUGGCCUGAAUUUGAGAUCAUUGAAGAUCAAAGUGAGUAUAACGUAGACAAAUCUGAGGAUAAUACAUUAGCUAAUUCCUUGAUUUUGAGGAAUAGGAGUGAUGACACUAUGAAUUCACUCAUGGAUAGUUUUCAGGGUGAUGAUGAUAAAAAGAGUUGGGCCCAUUUCCAGGAACGCAUUGCCAAAGCCCCGGAACAAGUCUUGAGGUAUUAUCGGAAUUCUAAUUCUAAGCCAAUAUGGCCCAUUUUAAGUGGUCGGCCAUCCAAAGAUGAUAUCCCUAAAUGCAUCUAUUGUGGUGGAUCCAUGUGUUGUGAAUUUCAGAUUUUGCCACAGCUGUUGUAUUAUUUUGGGGUGGAGAAUGAAGUGAACUCUUUGGAUUGGGCGUCGAUCGUCGUGUAUGCAUGUGAAGCCUCGUGUGAAGCAAGUUUGCCUUACAAGCAUGAAUAUGCUUGGGUUCAACUUUAUUCACCUUCUGCCUGCCCAAUACCCCAGUAGUGUAAUUUUUGAGCUCUAAGCAAAGAUGUUUUUCCCAGGCUAGGUCAGAAGUAUGGGAUAAGAUUUUCUACAUUUGCUUCACCCAACAAUUUUGGAUUAUGACAGGUGCUUGUGUAAUUUAUAAGCUUAUUUUUGCGUCUGUUGGAAGAAAUUUUGCCCCCGUAGCA